CUUGAGAUUCUCCCUCUGUCCCUUCCCCCAUGCUCGCUUGCUCACUCACUCUCUGUAAAGUAAAUAAAUAUAUCUAAGAAAAAAACCAGAAUUAGAUUUAAAAUUUAAAUGUGUAGAAUGAAGAGGUGUGAGCAGAGUGAAGAGCAGGCAGUGACCAGAGGCAGGAAUGAUGUGGCCAGUCGGGGGGGGGGGGGUGGGGACUGGAAAGUUUGGAGGGCAGGAUGGGAACAGAUUGUGGAAGAGUCUGAUGGCCAUGAUGAGCCACAAGCCAGGACACAUCAGGCAUGUGCAUUUUGGGGUGAUGUGAUUCCCUUGGGUUGGGGAGAGAGGAUACAUAUGUGGGGUUUAGGAAGGUUGAGGGCUGGUGGAAGCAUUUGGGAGCGGCAGUGGUUGGUCUUGGUCCCUGGUUCUUUUCCUGCAACCCUGCCACGUGUAGCUCAACCCCGUCCAGGCUUUUCUGCCGCUUGUUCCCAACAGAGCCACAUUGGGGAAGCUCUUCCCCCGGAGAUGGUCACCAGACUCUAUGACGGCAUGCGGAGGGUUGACCUGACGGGGAAGGCCAUGAGGCCCAGCGACAGCGUCUCCCAGGAGCAGUUCACCGUGUCCAUGUCCCACUUGUUGAAGGGAAACUCGGAGGAGAAGAGUCUUGUGAUCCUGAAAAUGAUUUCUGCCACAGAAUGUCCUGUGAAAGCAAGAGAAGUCCAGAAGUUUACAGAGGAUCUGGUUGGCUCUGUGGUUCAUGUGCUCAACUACAGACAGGAGCUGAGAGGCUGGACCCAGAAGAGAGGCCCAGGGCCCCCCUCCAGGGUGCAGGUGCUGGCCGCCCAGCUCUUCUCCGAGAUGGACCUCCGAGGUGGCGAGAAGAUUCUGGGGCCUCAGCAGCUGGACUGUGAGUGUGACCGAGCCACCAUCGAGGACUGGGUGUUCAGGGCCCCCCACGUGGCCACGUUUCUGAGUGUGGUCAUCCACAGAGGCUUCCUCCUCCUGCGCUCCUCCCUCGACCUGACCACCCUGGUCCCCGAGUGUCACGUUGACCAGGAGAGGGUGUUUGAGAGCAUCCUGGACGUCCUGUCGGUCAUCUACAUCAACUCCCACCUGCGCAGGGAGCAGCAGGGCCGCUGGCACCUGCUCUUCUCGUCUGAGCUCCAUGGGCACAGCUUCGCGCAGCUCUGCGGCCACAUCACCCACCGGGGCCCCUGCGUGCUGCUGUUGGAGGACCACGAUGGCCAGGUGUUCGGCGGGUUUGCCUCCUGCUCCUGGGAGGUCAGGCCUCAGUUUCAAGUGUCUCGGGGCAUGAAUGGGGGAAUGACGAGCUGCUGUCUGCAGUGUUGGAGGCCGUGCUUUAGGGCACGGAGAAUCCUAACAGGAGAUGACGCAUGCUUCCUGUUCUCCAUCUACCCCCGCAUGGCCGUGUACACCUCCACGGGUUACAACGACCACUACAUGUACCUGAAUCACGGGCAGCAGACCAUCCCGAACGGACUGGGCAUGGGAGGACAACACGGUUACUUCGGGCUGUGGAUCGAUGUGGAUUUUGGGAAAGGACACAGCAAGGCCAAGCCCAAGUGCACCACAUACAACAGCCCUCAGCUGUCGGCCCAGGAGAACUUUGGCUUUAAGAAGAUGGAGGUGUGGGCAGUGGGGGACAGCUCAGGGUCGCAGCAGGCCAAGAGCAGCAAAAGCAUCCUGGAUGUGGACCCUGAGGCCCAGGCCCUGCUGGAAAUCAGUGGGCGGAGCCGCCACAGCGAAGGGCUCCGGGACGUCCCAGAGGAAGAAUGAGGAGGUGCCCCCGAGCUCAGGCCUUCCUAGAGCUGGAUGCUGGCCCCCUGGACAGAGCGCAGCCUGCGGAGCCCUCCCCCAUCUCACGUGUUCAACAGGGCUGCACUGUGCGUGUCCAGGCGGUCCAGAACAUGCUGAAUCAGAACACAGUAAAAUUCCUUUGAUGUUAUGUAUGGAUUGGUGGGUGCAUCUUGCAGAAAUCUCGAGUGUCCAUUAGCAACUUAAUCCUUGUAUGCUGUUCAUUUUUCGUCAAUGAAAUCCGGAGACAUGGACAGGACCUGUACCUGCGUUAGCGUCCGAUGGGCACGUGCGUUCCUGCCAUGCAGGGCGGGGCUCUGCCUGCUGGGGGUCACCUGGCCCCUGCUCGAGCCAUUGCAGUUAAAAACGUGCCUUGAUGUUCCAUUCCAGCUGAUAAAGGGCAGAGGCAUUGGGAUGUGAGUCUCAACGCCUUUUGGGAGCAGCUUCCUACGACCUGAAAUUUCUGUAUUUGUAAAAAACAAACAGCGAGAGAGCAGGUGUCCCCGUCGGGGGGAGGGUCCUGCAUAGGUGUUUGUAAUAAGGUUCCUCCCCCACCUUUCUCAGCUGCUUUUAAAUGAGUCUGUGCCACGGUCUGCGGAGGUUCCAGGUGGUUCUGUUACUAACCUAAAUGUGGGGAAUUCGCAAGCUCCGAGACAUCCCGUGGCAUGGAUUAGUGGUGAGUAACUUGACCGUACUGGCCUGGGUUCCUGACCCUGGCACCACCUCCUCAGUGUCUGCCUCCGGCUCAGUGGCCCCCAAAGGGGUGACGGGUCAUUUGACAGCAGGGACUCACUUGAAACGGACUCGAGUGACCCCGGCAUGCUGACCGAUGACCUGGGUGGGUGUCUGAGGCCGGGCAGGAGAAUCUAAGCCCGCCGUGAGAAGUCCCUCCUUCAUGGACGGAGCCGUGGGCUCGGCUUGGACACCUGCGCCGCCUCCUGGGUCUUUUGCUGUAAAAUUGGACCUUCUGCACAUCUGAUGAGAAUGGGGCCUUUUACUAUAGAAUGGGCCUGCUUAUAAGCCAUAGUAAACCAAGCCGUUUGCAUUUUGCAGGUGCUGCAUUUUCUCCCAGGAGGCUCCCCCAACUUGGCACUUAGCAGUAACCCUGAUUGAGCAGAAGGCCUUGCAAAUGAGCUUUAAAAAAGAAAAGUGCGUGCCCAGGCAGUAUGCGGAGGGGCAGCAGACUGACAUGCACAGACGUAGUCAUAAUUGAUUUUCCUCCUGAAAAGCCAGUUUUUAAUAAGCUGCUCGGGGAACAUCGUGUGAUCCCCCCAACCGAUGGGUUAGCAGAUGGGAGGGUGAGGCUCCUCAGAUCCUUACCAUAAAUCCAGAGAGUUAGGUCAGUCCUGCACCUUUCAUCUGUUCUGGAAUUUCUUUUUUUAAAAAAGCAACUGAAUACCUCACUAAUAACAGGCCUGUUGGUAUUUGUACCUUAAGUCCCAUUGCUGCUUCCUCUGCUCAGGGCUUUCAGAGAGGCUUGGAUUUUGUUUGUGGGCACACUCGCCUUGUGUCUCUUCUUAUCAGAGGGCAGGUGACAGGCAGGGACCCAUUUCCCAGGACGGCACGCUCACACAGGGAAAGGCGGGUGCCCAGCCCAGGCGCUUGGCCACCUGGAGGGUGCAGCCCUGCCAGUGGGCUUCUCUCGCUGUGAGGUUCUCCGCACACAAACCUGUCAAGGGUGUGGCCACGGUGAAGGCCACCAGACCUGGCCACCCUCCCUCCGCCCGGGCCUGGGAAACACGCGGUGCUGGUUUUAACGGUGAAGAGGUGGUUCUUUUAUGCAACAGAAAUAAGAAUUCAGGGCCAGUGGUUUUCCUGUGAAUGAAGACCAGUCAGGGCCCCGGAAGGUGCCGGAAGGAAGACGUAAAGGGAUGGGGCUCAUGAUGCAAACAGGGCUACCGUUACUCCCCCCACCCAUGUUGUCUUUAUUAAAACAAUGGCCAUAGGUGGACAUGGUAAAAAAGGUUGAACUAUGAAGGAUGUAACUUGAAAGAUAAAUCUUCCUGCAGCCAUUUUCCUUCCCAAAAGGCAAAGCCACUCAGGAGAAAACCGCUUAGGUCUCCGGCCAGAGGGGACCCACUGCGCGCCCAGCAGAGUUGCGUCUGCUACAGUGGUGUGUGCCCUGCUUGUUGUUGGUGGAGGUGGUUUCAAAGCGACCCAUCUGUCUCCCUCUCUGACGUCACGGACCGUGCCAUGCCCCGGGAUGCGGACGCCCCAUUGUUGCUGGCGCCCAGCCUCUGCGGCCGGGGACUGUCUGUGGCUGGUCCGGAUGUGUGUCUCGGUGUGCGUUUUGUCCGGAAGAAUGAACUCGCAGAAGUUGAAUUGUUGGAUCAAAAGAUGCUUCUUAAUUUAGAUGCUGACAAAUGAGCAAACCUCUUGAGUUCAGCUGAUAACUCCUGACGUCCCUCUGUGCCUGUUGGCCGUGUAUAUGCCGACACUCCGUUAAAGCUUAGUUUUUGUGGACCUGGUAUUUUCUCUGAAUGACAGUGAAGGGCUUCAGGUUUCAAACGCCGUCUGUGUCCUACCCUUCACCUGGUUUUCUGGGAUGUGGGUUUUCUUCUUGCUGAUUUGCAAGAGUGCUUUUUCAAAUGAAGCAUUUGUUUGCUAAGUGUUUUUUCCAGUUUGUUUGGCUUUAUUUUCCUAUGUGUAAAUUACGCAUUUUGUCCUUUUUUAUCAGCAUUUCCUCUUAAGGCUUCUGAGAUUUGUAGUUUGCUUAGAAAGUUUUUUUCCCCACUCUGUGAUUAAAAAAAAAAAAAUUGUGUUUUCUUCUGCUUCUUUGCUUUCCAUUUUUCCUUCUAAAUUUUUGAUCCAUUCACAAUGUAAUUUAAAAUGUACCUCUAUCUUGCCCCCAAAUGAAUUCCAGUAUCUUUUAUAUUUAAUGGUAUGUUUCUUUCCCACUGACUUAAAGUACACUUUCUUGGGGGCGCCUGGAUGGCUCAGUCGGUUAAGCCUCUGACUCUUGAUUUUGGCUCAGGUCAUGAUCUCAGGGUCGUGAGAUCAAGCCCCAUGUCAGGCUCUUCACUGGGCAUGGACCCUGCUUGGGAUUUUCUCUCUCCCCCCCUCUGCUCUUUCCCCACCACCCCCAAAGAAGGGGAGGGGGAGGGGGAGGGAGUAGAGGACCACUUUCUCAACCCCUGCAUUUCUAUAUGAACUUCAGUCUCUGCCUCAUGUUUUAAAUACUGGAGUUUGAUGAGAAAAAGAGGUAAGAGCUAUUCACUGAUGACUUCUCUGUUUUGGAAAUUUCCUUCCUAUGCUUGCCUGUUUGUUUUCUCUGACCUUGGGUAACCCUUCUAAAAAGUUUGAUGGUUGCAUUUUGGAGAUAGCCUUAAAUGUGGAUCAGUGUAGGCAGAACUGACACCUGGCAGAGGUGGCUUCCUCCUGCCCCCAAGGACGGGAACAUCUAAGUGUGCCACCUAGAUUUCGUUGUUACUGCUGGUACCGUACGUGGACUUUUUUCCCUGAUGAUUGAUUGAACAUAGGAAGGUUUUUAAGUUUUUCUACCUAGUUUUGUACCCAGCUACUUUGCUGAAUUCUUUGAUCUGGGGGUUUUCAACCUUAGGUCUGUGUCAGAAUCUUCUAGAAGGCGUGCUGAAGGGCAGGUGUCAGGGCUCCACCCCCAGAGUUUCUGACUCCUUAGGCUGGGGAGGGAGCUGAGAGUGGACAUUUCUAAUGAAUCCCCAGGUCCGGUGCUGCUGGUUUUGGGCUCCCGUGAUUUCUUCUUUUUCCCUGCAGCCUAACUGAGCUAUAACUGAUACCUACAACGUGUUGAGUGCACUUCCUAUGAUUGUGUACCUGGAAGUGGGGAUAGCUUCCCUGCUCUUGCAAUUUCUAGACCUUUUCUUUCUCUUGAUUGAUUGUAUCAGCAAAUACUUUCAGAAUUUCAGUAGCAGUGACACCCCCUUCCUACUCCUGACUUAAAUGGAAACGCCUCUGGUCUUUUGUCACGAAGCAGGAUAGGUUUUCGUGUAAAAGAAAUAAUCCUUUGUUUGUAUUUAUGUUAAGAGUUUCUGUCCAGAUGUUGAAUUUUAUAAAAAGUUUUUUAACACCCAUGAUUGUCUGAUUCAGAGUUUUUGAAUAAGGAAUACCAAGUCAGUAGGGCGCCAAACACUGAGCUGCGUUUGUAUGUUAACUGACGCGCUUCGAAUGUGUGAAUUCAGUCAGACUGUGUUCGGCACUUUUGUAGCCGUGUGUACAAAGGAGUUGGUGUGUAGUUUUGUUUGGGUCUGAUUUUAUGUAAGUCAUGCUUUAAAGUUGUGCUGACUAAGCUUACAAAAACAAUUUAGAACUUUCCUUUUCUGCAGGAACUUUUUGGUUUGGCGGGCAAGGAGGGGUGAGCACUUGAGAACCUCAUCCAUGUCUCUUAUCAUCUGGGUGGUUUUAGGUGUCUGCUGGGGUUCAUUCUGACGAUUUUUAAAUUUCCUUUUUUUUUUUUAAGCUUUUAUUUAUUUAUUAGAAUGCAGGAGCAGGGGGAGAGGGGGAGAGGCAGAGGGAGAAGCAGGCUCCCCGCUUAGCAGGGAGUCCAACU